AUGUGUGCCGUGUGUUACAGGAGAUGGGUCCUGUCCAAGGCUGUGAAAGAGACAAAUGCUGAGGCUCUCAAAUACGAUGGUAGGUAGACUACACUGUGACAGUAUGAUGGUAGGUAGACUGACAGUAUGAUGGUAGGUAGACUGACAGUACGAUGGUAGGUAGACUGACAGUACUGACAGUUUGAUGGUAGGUAGACUGACAGUAUAAUGGUAGGUAGACUGACAGUACUGACAGUUUGAUGGUAUAGGCAGGUACAGGUGUAUGAAGCACGUAUGACCAGGAGCUGUCACUGAGGUUAGGGGUUAUAUUUCACGGGUUAAAGGUCAUUACAUUUACAUUUUAGUCAUUUAGCAGACGCUCUUAUCCAGAGCCACUUACAGUUAGUGAGUGCAUACAUUUAUUUUUAUUUUUUUCAUACUGUGCGUUUUCCUCCAGGUCAGUGGGCAUUAGAGGAGCCAGAGUUUAGGGUUUAGGGUUAGGGUCAGGGGUUAAAGGUAAUGUUGUGUGUUUCCUCCAGGCCAGUGGGUGUUGGAGGAGCCAGAGGCUGCAAUGUAUCCUGGGAACAGAGCACUGGUGAUGAAGUCAUCAGGACGACACCACGCCAUCGCUGCUUACCUUCACAGACCCUUCACCUUCAUGCACACACCGCUCUGCCUGCAGUGAGUACACACACAUACACACGCCCACACAUCAGUUGAGCCUUUAUCAAACUACUUACUACUGUGUGUGUGUGUGUGUGUACAGGUAUGAGGUGAAGUUCGGGAGAGAUGUAGAGUGCAGUGGAGCCUACAUCAAACUGCUGACUCAGACCCAUCAGCUACGACUGGUGAGUCAACCUAACGACUGGUGAGUCAACCUAACGACUGGUGAGUUAACCUAACGACUGGUGAGUCACCCUAACGACUGGUGAGUUAACCUAACGACUGGUGAGUCACCCUAAUGACUGGUGAGUCAACCUAAUGACUGGUGAGUCACCCUAACGACUGGUGAGUCACCCUAACGACUGGUGAGUCACCCUAAUGACUGGUGAGUCACCCUAACGACUGGUGAGUCAACCUAACGACUGGUGAGUCACCCUAACGACUGGUGAGUUAACCUAACGACUGGUGAGUCACCCUUAUGACUGGUGAGUCAACCUAACGACUGGUGAGUCACCCUAACGACUGGUGAGUCACCCUAACGACUGGUGAGUCACCCUAACGACUGGUGAGUCACCCUAACGACUGGUGAGUCAACCUAACGACUGGUGAGUCACCCUAACGACUGGUGAGUCAACCUAACGACUGGUGAGUUAACCUAACGACUGGUGAGUCACCCUUAUGACUGGUGAGUCAACCUAACGACUGGUGAGUCAACCUAACGACUGGUGAGUCACCCUAACGACUGGUGAGUCAACCUAACGACUGGUGAGUCAACCUAACCUAACGACUGGUGAGUCAACCUAAUGACUGGUGAGUCAACCUAACGACUGGUGAGUCACCCUAAUGACUGGUGAGUCAACGUAACGACUGGUGAGUCACCCUAACGACUGGUGAGUUAACCUAACGACUGGUGAGUCACCCUUAUGACUGGUGAGUCAACCUAACGACUGGUGAGUUCCCCUAACGACUGGUGAGUCACCCUAACGACUGGUGAGUCACCCUAACGACUGGUGAGUUAACCUAACGACUGGUGAGUCACCCUAACGACUGGUGAGUCACCCUAACGACUGGUGAGUCAACCUAACGACUGGUGAGUUAACCUAACGACUGGUGAGUCACCCUAACGACUGGUGAGUCAACCUAACGACUGGUGAGUCACCCUAACGACUGGUGAGUCACCCUAACGACUGGUGAGUCAACCUAAUGACUGGUGAGUUAACCUAACGACUGGUGAGUCACCCUAACGACUGGUGAGUCACCCUAAUGACUGGUGAGUCACCCUAACGACUGGUGAGUCACCCUAACGACUGGUGAGUCAACCUAACGACUGGUGAGUCACCCUAACGACUGGUGAGUCAACCUAACGACUGGUGAGUCACCCUAACGACUGGUGAGUCACCCUAACGACUGGUGAGUCAACCUAACGACUGGUGAGUCACCCUAACGACUGGUGAGUUAACCUAACGACUGGUGAGUCACCCUAACGACUGGUGAGUCACCCUAACGACUGGUGAGUCACCCUAACGACUGGUGAGUCAACCUAAUGACUGGUGAGUCAACCUAACCUAACGACUGGUGAGUCAACCUAACGACUGGUGAGUCACCCUAACGACUGGUGAGUCAACCUAACGACUGGUGAGUCAACCUAACCUAACGACUGGUGAGUCAACCUAACGACUGGUGAGUCACCCUAACGACUGGUGAGUCACCCUAACGACUGGUGAGUCAACCUAACGACUGGUGAGUCAACCUAACGACUGGUGAGUCAACCUAACCUAACGACUGGUGAGUCAACCUAACGACUGGUGAGUCAACCUAACCUAACGACUGGUGAGUCAACCUAACGACUGGUGAGUCAUCCUAACGACUGGUGAGUCAACCUAACGACUGGUGAGUCAACCUAACGACUGGUGAGUCAACCUAACCUAACGACUGGUGAGUCAACCUAACGACUGGUGAGUCAACCUAACUGCUACAACUCAACAUCUACCUCUAGCUAUAAUGAUGCUUGUUGUUCUGUUGUUGUAUUGUAUAGAGGCAGUUGUAUGAUGUCGUGUUUGUGCAUGUGUCAAAGUGCGUUUGUAUAUCUGUGUGUGUGUGUGUGUGUGUGUGUGUGUGUGUGUGUAGAGCCAGUUCAGUGAGGCCACUCCGUACUCGGUGAUGUUUGGUCCUGAUAAGUGCGGCACCAGCCACCGCCUCCAUCUCAUCGUCAGGGUAACGGACUCUAGCAACGGCCGUAACCAGGAGAUACACGCCCCCCAACCCGCCGAUGACCUGACAGUGUACUUCACCGACCGACAACCACACCUCUACACACUACGUUAGUAUGCAGCCUAACCGCUAAACCAUACCUCUACGUUAGUAUGCACCCUAACCACUAAACCCUACCUCUACGUUAGUAUGCACCCUAACCACUAAACCCUACCUCUACGUUAGUAUGCACCCUAACCACUAAACCCUACCUCUACGUUAGUAUGCACCCUAACCACUAAACCCUACCUCUACGUUAGUAUGCACCCUAACCACUAAACCCUACCUCUACGUUAGUAUGCACCCUAACCACUAAACCCUACCUCUACGUUAGUAUGCACCCUAACCACUAAACCCAACCUCUACGUUAGUAUGCACCCUAACCACUAAACCCAACCUCUACGUUAGUAUGCACCCUAACAACUAAACCCUACCUCUACGUUAGUAUGCACCCUAACCACUAAACCUCACAUCUGUGUGUGUGUGUGUUUGUAGAAUUGUAUCUAGACAGCAGGUAUGAGAUUUUCAUUGACCAAUCGCUGAUCAGUCAAGGCCGCCUGCUGACAGACGAGGUCCAGUACACAGAAUCCUCUGACAGCCAACCAGAGUCCCCGGUGUCUGGGUUAGGGGCGGGGUCAGUCGGGGCGCUGGGUCUGGAACUGUGGUCAUUGUCGGGGGAAGUGAUGUUUGACAACUUCCUGUUGACUGAUGACCUGGAGCUGGCUGAGAGAUGGACACAGGACACCUGGGGCCGGAAACAAGUACGUCUCUCUGUCUGUUUCACUCCCCCACUCUCUCUCUCAAUAUGUACGUCUCUCUUUGUGAUACUCCACUCAAAAAUAACCGUGUGCAUGUCUGUGUGUGUGCGGUGUGUGUGCGGUGUGUGUGUGUGGUGUGGUGUGUGUGGUGUGUGUGUGUGGUGUGUGUCCGUGCGGUGUGUGUGUGGUGUGUGUGUGUGGUGUGUGUGUGGUGUGUGGUGUGUUGUGUGGUGUGUGUGUGUGUUGUGGUGUGUGGUGUGUGUGUGUGUAUGUAUGUAUGUGAAUGUGUGUGUGUGUGGUGUGUGUGUGUGUGUGUGUGGUGUGUGUGUGUGAAUGUGUGUGUGUGUGUGGUGUGGUGGUGUGGUGUGUGGGUGUGUUGGUGUGUGUGUGUGUGUGUGGUGUGUGGAUGGUGUGUGUGUGUGGUGUGUGUGUGUGUGGUGUGUGUGUGUGUGUGUGUGUGUGGUGUGUGGUGUGUGGUGUGUGUGUGUGUGGUGUGUGGUGUGUGUGGUGUGUGUGUGUGUGUGUGUGUGUGUGUGUGUGUGGUGUGUGGUGUGUGGUGUGUGUGUGUGUGGUGUGUGGUGUGUGGUGUGUGGUGUGUGUUCUCCCAGCCCGGCCUGUUGGAGCGACUCCUGAUAGCGACUAACUCUCGUCCCUGGCUCUGGGGGGUCUACGUCUUCACCGUGGGAUUACCCAUCAUCCUCUUCAUCAGCUACAUGUGGCCGGACAAGGUACACACACACACACACACACACACACGCACAGACACACACACACACAUACACUAAUCCAAUAGUAAUGUGUCUGUAUGUGUCAGAGGUUCGGCCCCCCUGACCAGGACUACUACUAUAAGAAGUCUGAUGAACCUCAGCCAGACAGACAACCAGACAGACAACCAGAGAGACAACCAGAGAGAGACCAGCCAGACAGACCAACCAGCCUCUCAGACUAUGGUGAGACACACAUGAACAUCCCAUCUCUGCAGGCACACACAGUACACGGUCAAGAUGUAAUAUAUGUCUGUGUAGGUGCGGUGAGCAGAGGGGGGGCCAGGCACGCACAGUACACGGUCAAGAUGUAAUAUAUGUCUGUGUAGGUGCGGUGAGCAGAGGGGGGGCCAGGCACACAGUACACGGUCAAGAUGUAAUGCAUGUCUGUGUAGGUGCGGUGAGCAGAGGGGGCGCCAGGAGGAGAGAGACUCAGAAGGUUCAGAGGAAGUCAGACCUGGAGGUUGAGGUGAAGAUACGACCUUUAACCUCUGACCUUUAUGUAUUAAAUGGCUUUCUACAGACAUUACUGAUGUCAUCUGUCUUUAUGUGUUUGUCUACAGAAUGAGUGACAAUUGACAAUCCCUGGCCAGCCUGAGGACUAACCACCCUAACCAGCCUGAGGACUAACCAACCUUAACCAGAUCUAGUCCCUAACCAGCCUGAGGACUAACCAACCUUAACCAGAUCUAGUCCCUAACCAGCCUGAGGACUAACCAACCCUAACCAGAUCUAGUCCCUGGCCAGCCUGAGGACUAACCAACCCUAACCAGCCUGAAGACUAACCAACCCUAACCAGAUCUAGUCCCUGGCCAGCCUGAGGACUAACCAACCCUAACCAGAUCUAGUCCCUGGCCAGCCUGAGGACUAACCAACCCUAACCAGCCUGAGGACUAACCAACCCUAACCAGCCUGA